CUCGUUCGUCCGACCGACCGCAGCCGGCAGCUUCUCGUUAAAACUCCCGGUGUUUUUCGCCCCACACGAUCGACUAAACCGUCCACUCAGCAAACACACGUCCUCUCCGGGCGGCCAGAGGGACCAAAUCGGAACAUUCCAGGAAAACAAGAGGGGAUCCCUCUCUCUCACAUCUCCAGGCAAAAGGUCUAAGGUCAUGACCACAUCGUGAACCACCUACACACUUCCUUCACCUUCCACUGAGCCAUCAUGUUCCACACAUUCCCCAACAAGUCCAAGCCCCAGUCACCGGUCUCUUUGGAGAAAACCUACUCACUGACUGCCCACUAUGAUGAGUUCCAGGAGGUGAAGUACGGCAGUCGUUACAGCAGCAGCACCCUCAGCAAUGGCAUGAGCCUGCACCUGGGCGGCUCCCUUGACCGUUACGGCCGCUCCCGGAGCGGGCGGGACAAGUGUGCUGGAGGGGGCGGGAGCAGCCCAGGGGGCGGGACCUCAGAGAGGUGGACUCGGAGGGAGAUCUGCCUGCUCUCGGCCCUGGUCUUCGUGGCCGGCAUGUGCGUGAUUCUGGGCUGCAUGCUGGCUCUGAAGUUCUUGUCACUGGAAGCACAGCAGGACGCCCAGUGCAAGCAGGACUGCAAGGCAAGGCGCUCGCUGCUGAGGGCAGCGCGCUUCGUUCAGGGCAACAUCGACACAAGCGUCCAGCCUUGCCAUGACUUCUACAGCUUCGCCUGCGGAGGCUGGCUCCGGCGCCACGGGAUACCGGAGGACAAGCUGAGCUACGGCAUUAUCACGGCCAUCGGAGAGCAGAACCAGGAGAAGCUGCAGCGCCUCUUGGAGCAACCUGUCAGGAGGACGGGGCCGGACAGCGCAGAGAGAAAGGUGAAGGAGUUCUAUCGCUCCUGCGUCAACAUCCAGGAGAUCGACCGGCUCGGAGCAACGCCUAUGAUGGAAGUGAUUGACAGCUGUGGUGGGUGGGACUUGUCUGGAGCUCCACCUGGAGGGGCGGGUUGGGAAAGUGGCUCUGCCCCUGUGAGGCCUGACUUUAACGAGAUGCUGUACAGGACCCAAGGGGUGUACAGCACGGCCGUCUUCUUCUCUCUCACUGUCAACGUGGACGACAAGAACUCCUCGCGCAAUGCCAUACGAAUUGAUCAAGAGGGUCUGACGUUGCCAGAGAGGACGCUGUACCUGGGCCAGGAUGAGGACAGUGUGAAGAUCCUGACUGCCUACAAGGCCCUGAUGGAGAGGCUGCUGAGCAUGCUGGGAGCUCACAACGCCACAGUGAAAUCCCGUGAGAUUUUAGACCUUGAGACGAGACUGGCCAACAUCACCGUAUCAGAGUUUGACGAGCAGAGAAAAGACAUCAGUAGCAUGUACAACCGAAUCACACUGAAGCAGCUCCAACGUAUGGCACCUAGCCUGCACUGGAAGCGUCUGCUGGAUAGAAUAUUCAAUGAUAACUUCUCAGAAGAAGAAGAGAUCGUGGUGCUGGCGACAGACUACAUGCAGAAAGUCUCUGAUAUCAUCAAGACUACCUCAAAAAGGGUCCUGCACAACUACAUGCUGUGGCGUAUCGUGGCUGCUCUGAGCGAGCACCUGUCCACCGCCUUCAGGAGCACCAUCCACGAGUUUUCCCGAGAGAUCGAUGGCACGGAGAGGCAGCUGGAGCUCAGCCGGCUCUGCCUCACUCAGGCCAACAAGCACUUCGGCAUGGCCCUCGGCGCCCUGUUCGUCCAGCAGCACUUCUCAUCUCACAGCAAGGCCAAGGUUCAGGAGCUGGUGGAGGACAUAAAACAUGCCCUCGAUAGCAGACUGAAGGAGCUUGACUGGAUGGAUGAAGAGACCAAAGAGGCCGCAAGAGCCAAGCUCCAGCAUAUGAUGGUAAUGACGGGGUAUCCAGACUUCCUGCUGAAGCCAGAGCUCAUUGACGAGGAAUAUGGGUUUGAUGUCAGUGAGAAGACCUACUUCAAGAACAUUCUCAACAGCAUCAAGUACAACAUCAAACUGUCUAUCAAGAAGAUCCACAAGGAAGUGGACAAGACAACGUGGCUUCUUCCACCCCAAGCGCUGAACGCAUACUAUCUCCCAAAUAAGAACCAGAUGGUUUUCCCUGCUGGAAUUCUUCAGCCGACUUUGUACGAUCCAGAAUUCCCACAGUCUCUAAACUAUGGGGGCAUUGGAGCGAUCAUCGGACACGAGCUAACCCAUGGCUAUGAUGACUGGGGUGGGCAGUAUGAUCGCUAUGGUAACUUGAAGCAGUGGUGGACCGAGGAGUCGUACAGAAAGUUCCAGAAGAAAGCAGAGUGCAUCGUCAAACUGUACGACAACUUUACUGUCUACAAUCAGCGGGUAAAUGGUCGUCUCACUCUUGGAGAGAACAUCGCUGAUCUCGGGGGGCUGAAGCUUUCCUACUAUGCGUAUCAGAAGUGGAUAAGAGAACAUGGUCCAGAGAGGCCACUUCCAGGCCUUAAAUACACACACGAGCAGCUGUUGUUCAUAGCGUUCGCCCAGAACUGGUGUAUGAAAAGGCGGUCUCAGUCCAUAUACCUUCAGCUGCUGACCGAAAAACAUGCCCCAGAACACUACAGGGUUAUCGGCAGCGUGUCUCAGUUUGACGAGUUUGGCCGUGUGUUCCACUGUCCAAAGGGGUCACCUAUGCAUCCUGUCAACAAAUGCUCUGUCUGGUGACCUUUCGACCUUCACUGUUCUUCAUCUGCCCUACUUCAUUUGUCUGUCUUUGAUAUCACUGUCGCAACCAAGAGAGACAAUGACGUCGUCGAGGAAGUGCAGGACGAGCUCUGGUAUCAGCAGUUUUCAGCAGUUUCAGUUCUCUUUCUUUAGGGAGUCUCGAGAAAGUUUACAGAGAAGAACAGUUUACAGACAAAAACCUGAUUUUAAAACCUUAGACCAUGAAUAUUUAAUCCAACAAAUGUGCAAUUGAUCACUGGAGCAGUCAGAAAUUCCCAGUCUGAAAGAAGAUAAACAAGAUUGACCUUCAUCUUUUUGGGCCAGAUGUGGUCUUGUAAGUAUAGUGGGGACAAUCAUGGGAAAUCUUGGGCCAAAUGUGGGUGGGAAUCAUCAGGGUGGGAACAAAUUAAGGGGGCUGUGAUGCACUCGUCAACAUUAUCUGACAAACAACUAGCCUGCCUGUAGCCCAUGGAUGUAACAUCAGUUAGCAUGGCUGAAAAGUAGCCAGUUAAGCGUGUAGAUGUGUGUCGCGUGAGCAUAGAACACAUUAUAUGCUGUAAAAUUUAACUGGGCUUUUGCCCAGUAGCUUGUUUUGCUUGAGUUAUCAGUUGCACUCUGUUAGGAGGGGAUUUUGCCACAGUCCAAUAAAAAGUUGUCCCCAGACGUGCGUUCUCGUUACGGGAUCACGUCUGGCCCCACGAGACUAGAUCCACCAGUUAAAACUACCUUGCCCAUGGUUAACAGCAGUUAAAACACUGUCUCUUUGGCUAAAAUGAUGCAGUAGUUGGAGUUUCCACUGCUUGCUCUGCAGAAUUUCUUCUCUGAGGCCUCACACUAAUCUUCUAUUAAAA